GCGUCCCCGGUGCGCUCUGCGUUUGUCCGCUCAAUUAGCGGCUAAUUACAAGCUCGAGUCUGGACCGUGUGUGUGUGUGAGUGUGUGUGGCGUUCAUCACGGUGUUAACGACGUUUCCCGCCCUGCUGGACUCCUGGAGGUACAAACUGGCUUCAAAUCCAGCAGACAUGUCAGAGAACUCCGGCUGCGAGCUGGAGAUCGACGUGGAGAGCCUGGAGACGGAGAGCGAAGAGCUGGCCGACUCCUCCGAGCGCCCCGCCUCUCCGCGGCUCGGCCACGCCGCCUCAGAGGACGACUGCCCCGGCACCAAGAGCCGUGACAGGGCGGGCCCCAUGUGCGCGGGUGACCAGAGGAAACUGAGCCGCACGCCGAAGUGCGCCCGCUGCCGCAACCACGGCGUGGUGUCCUGCCUGAAGGGCCACAAGCGCUUCUGCCGCUGGAGGGACUGCCAGUGCGCCAACUGCCUGCUGGUGGUGGAGCGGCAGCGGGUGAUGGCGGCGCAGGUGGCCCUGAGGAGGCAGCAGGCCACAGAGGAUAAGAAAGGCGUAUCCGGGAAACCGAUUCCUGCAGAGAGGAGGACGAUAUAUCAGCGACACAUCCGACCGUCCACCAUGCUCGCCAAAAGCAUCCUGGAAGAUUACCCGCUGCAGCCGUCGCGAGGCGGCUUCGUGAUGUGGCCCCGUGGCGCGGCCAACCUGGGAGACGCUCUUCUGUACCAGCAGUGCCUGUUCAACGCCACGGCGGUGCAGAACAUGAAGCCCGGUGCUGUGUGGGAGCCCAAAGCGAUGCCCGCUGAGAGUCAGCCGCCAGAGCAGGAGGCCGCGCUGCUCGCCGCUAAACUGGAGGGAUCCCGAGCCGCCGCUCUGCAGGACUUAUCAGACCCUCAGAGGCCCGAUCCCAAACCUGCCGUCACCCAGGGGGAGCAGAGGGAGUGCUCGGCCUUCUCUCCUCCCAAGAGGAGCUUUGGACAAUCUUUCCCUAACCGCCCGCAUUCCCAGAACUCCAGCCAAGUCCUCAACAAGCUGAGCAAGGACAACGCUAAGCCUUCCAUGAAACUCAACUCCUUCCACUCCCUCAUCCAGCACUCGCUGAGUGAAAAAGCCAGCGGCGGGUCGGAGCUCAGAGCGCCGUACUGCAAGGAGCUGUUAGAGGAGGCGGCGCGCAAGUACAGGGAGAGCGCCGCCAAAGACUUUCAGGCGGUAAAACUCACAGACAGGUACGCCAAAGACUUCCUGUCCAAGCCUGUAGGGACCAAGACGGCGCCCAGCGAGUCUCUGUCCUUCUCCGUGGAGGCCAUCCUGAAACGGCCCACGCCCGCCAUAAGUCGAGCAUUCCACUGAAAUCCACGAGGUGUCCUUUGUUGCACUACAAACACGUCUCAGCAGAGAUCAGCUUCAGCUGUGGUUUUUGGGUCAAAUGUAAACACGAGCACUGCAUCGCAAAACAGACGGUGUGAUAUUUCUGUACAGUGUCGAAUAUUUCACACGCAUGUUUGAAUAACUUUAUUUGUGUCGAGUAUUUAAACACGAUGUCGAUGUUUCCCUCACGUCAAUAAACUUUAUAAGA